AUGGGCCAUCCUCCUCUGAAUUCCCACCUUGCUGCAGCCGGUGCUGCACACCUGAGGACCAAGCGAUGUUCCUGCAACAGCUGGCUGGAUAAGGAAUGCAUUUACUUCUGUCACCUGGAUAUUAUCUGGGUCAACACACCUGGACAUACCGCUCCCUAUGGCUUGGGAAGCCCGCCAAGGCGUCGCAAGAGAUCACUGAACAGGUGCGAGUGCUCGCACUCAAGGGACAGCAUCUGUGCCACCUUCUGCCAGGCAAAGCCUGGGUACCUCCAGAACGUGAGGCUCCCAGCGAGCUCUGGAGUAGCGAUGAAGACUCUGCAGAGCAGUGGCAUGAGGCCUUCCCAGCAUGGCCUGCUGAGAGCUCUCAGGGAUCUUGCCAUCUCCAAUUUGCAGUUUGGCAAACAGCAGCACCGUUCUCAGGGGAACGCUCAGCCAACAGCUUUGCCUUGGAAGAAGAAUAUCUGGAAGAAAAAGAGAUAAGAAACAGGAACUAACCAAGUUCACCAGAAGAAUUUGGAGUCCCGUGGGUGCCACUAACUCCGCUGUUGGUAGUUAGAGCUGAAGGAAUGGCCGUAAGCGAAAGGGGGAAGAAGUGGAAGUCUCCAUGCUCCUGUUGCAUGAACCAGUACUGUAUGCACUCCAGAGACUGUUGUAAAGGGAAAACAGAAUCUCUCUAUACAGUCAUAGAUGUGUUGUGGAGCUGAAUUGUGCCUUCUUGGAUCAGGCAAGGGUCUUACUGGUAGAGUAUCAGCUAAACUCUGCACUGGAUACCUAGACAGAUGGCCAGCCCACCCUGGGCAGUUGAAUCACUUACAAAGCAAGCAGCUAUGUGCAGUUCUGGACCUGGCAGCACUGAAGUCCCAUAUCACAGGCCUGGUCUACUCUGCCUUUGAACCAUGUUUGAACAUGGUUCCACCUUGACUCCAUUCAAACAUGGUUUGGCUGGCCAUUGUAGAUGGGGAUAAACUGAUGACAGUAGGGCCUGCUUGGGCCCAUCUGUGCGCUUUUUUCCUCUUACUUGUCAGACAGUGUGAUGUGCAUAUGAAUGAGACUCCCAUGACAAAACAGUUCCCAGUUCUUACAAUAAUGAAUCUUCUAGAAGCCUGAAAGCCAACUGAGUAGUCAGUGGCGUUCUCUGGCUAAGCAAUUAACUGAAGGACCGUCUUUAUGUGGUUCUUGUUUAGAUGGAGGAUAGCUUCUUUACAUCUGAGCUUGCAUCAAAUCCAAGCAUGACCCCUGCCCACUGGGUACAGAGGCAACAGGGUUGGGGAGGCUCAAGAGGAGCUGCAUUUCUGUAGCCUCUGCUGCCACAGCUGUGCAGGAGCCCCAUACAUAAAGCCACCUGUUACCUGGGAAAGGAGCCCUGCUAGGUUAGGUGCAGAGCCAAGCUGCUAGUCUGGAUGAGUUCAGUGGUAUGAAUCUGUCUCAUCUCCUUAGACAUACCCCUUGUGGAGCAGACAACUUCCACCUCUUAACCUAACAAACACCUCAGCUUUCUUUCAGCUCUACCUGAAAGGAAAGGCUAGGAGCAGAGAAGAUGGGUGGUGGGAAAAUAGCAUCCAAAGGCUUGCUUGCUGCUUCGCUUAGCUCAGGUGUCUGAGUCAGGCUUUAUAAUAAAUGACCAGCAUGAAUAGCAUGCCACUAAGAGACGCGUAGCCUGAAUAGAGAAUGAAUAGGCAAGGGGCAGCUGGGUGGGAUUAACGUGGGAAAAAAAGGUCACCAAGAUGAGAGCAUGGCACUGUCUGCACAUCCUUAGAAAGGGCUGGAUUUAAACAGGAGCAAAAAUCAUGGCCUCUUUGCCAGACCUGGAGCAACACAGUGCUGCUGGCUUAGAAGAGAGGCAGGAAUAGUUUGGAAGAACACUAAGCCCAGAGCCUUGAAGCCCAUCCUGUAGGCAGACAGUCUUAAGGCUUUGGAGUGGUAUUACAAAUGCAGUUUCAUUUGCCUGGGUGGAUUAACUUCUAUUCUAAAGCAUGGCUGCAACUGUCAUCUCGUUAGUGUAGAUAAAUAAUUGCUCUCCUGGAAUCACUGUUUGGUCCCCCUCGCUGCCCAAUCCAGUAUUACACGUGAGCAUUUUAAAAGGCUGCUUGAAGUUGGUGGUGGACCAAAAUCUGUGGCUGUUGCAAGUGUAGUCCCAUUGGACAUGCAAAAUAUUUCUUUAAUUUUGUCGUAAGCCCUAGAGGGGGAGAAAAUGAGACCAAUUGAUUGUAUCAUAAAUGAAAAAACAGACAAGUCAUUUGGUCCCCAAAGCUGCAGAGAAACUUUUUAUAUGUGACCUUCUGAAGGUUUCAGUCAUUCUAAAAAAAAUCCUAAAAGGGUUUGUUCCAAAGGAAACUUUGCACAUGGUUUAAUGUGAGCCUAGUAAUUUAAAAUAAAACUACUGCUGUAAAAUACUAUGUAUAUCUCCUUUUGUGUGUAUGAUGUCUUUUCUUUUAGUAACUUAUUGCACAUUCCAUAUGUAGCAUCCUGA